ACCUGAGCUCAUCACACCAGCAGCGCACAGGUGUCAAAAUGGGCAAAGCAGCUGGACGCUGGGACUUUGAGUGGGUCUAUAAUGAGCAACCGCACACAUGGAGAAGAAAAGAAAUAUUAGCAAAGUAUCCUGAAAUCAAGUCUUUGAUGGGUCAUGAUCCCCAGCUGAAGUGGGUCGUGUCAGGGAUGGUACUCACCCAGCUCCUGGCGUGUUACAUGGUCCAUGAGGUCUCCUGGAAAUGGGUGUUGUUUUGGGCAUAUGCGUUCGGUGGCUGCAUCAACCACUCUUUGACCCUAGCCAUCCAUGACAUUUCACACAAUGUGGCCUUUGGCACUAAAAGGGCACGCUGGAACCGCUGGUUCGCCAUGUUCGCCAAUCUCCCGAUUGGCUUGCCUUAUUCAGCAUCCUUCAAGAAAUACCACAUCGACCACCAUCGUUAUCUCGGAGGAGAUGGAUUGGACGUAGAUAUUCCUACCGACCUUGAGGGCUGGUUCUUUUGCACCCCAGCCAGAAAGGUGCUCUGGCUCUUUCUCCAGCCUUUGUUCUAUGCGAUCCGUCCGUUGGUGGUGAACCCUAAGCCUGUGACAAGGUUGGAGAUGCUGAAUGCGGUCGUGCAGUUUGUGGUAGACAUUAUCAUCUAUUAUUUUUGGGGUCUCAAGCCCAUAGUCUACCUCAUCGCUGGCUCUAUACUGUGUAUGGGCCUUCAUCCCAUCUCUGGACACUUCAUCGCUGAGCACUACAUGUUUAUGAAAGGUCAUGAAACCUACUCUUAUUAUGGCCCUCUCAACUUAAUAACCUUCAAUGUAGGAUACCAUAUGGAGCACCAUGACUUCCCCAGCAUUCCUGGCAGCAAAUUACCUGAGGUCAAGAGAAUUGCAGCAGAGUACUAUGACUCACUCCCUCAACACACUUCCUGGAUGCGAGUGCUCUGGGACUUUGUAUUUGAUGAUGCAAUCGGCCCCUACGCCAGAAUCAAGAGACAAUACAAACUUGGCAAAAAGGAAUGAAUUAGGUAUUAGACUACUGAUCUAACCAAAUAUAUAAGGUAUUUACACAAAGUUCUACACAAAUCUGUGAGGCACUUGCAGGCAUUAAAUUAAAAAGGAACAAACCCUUUCACGCGUGAACCUGCAUACCCUUUUCAUUCUGUCACAGCAUUUCAUAUAGAUCCAUCUGUACAAUGUUUGAACAAUAACUGCACAUUCCCUGCGCCUGGGACCGUGUUACAUGAUUUGUGGUUUACUGUUUGGGUGUAUCAAAGCCCAGCUAAUC